CCGAGAGACAUGACGCACAAACAUCCGUUCAUCCGUUAUCCGAGAAUGCCGCCAUAUUUACAUGAUGGCGAAUUCCUCAACUCCUUCAGUUUUCACCUUCUUCGUACAGAACCAUAUUGCACAACACCAUUCAUACCAAUAUGCAUUCUACUACAAACUCAUCGUCAAACUACAUGAUGAACCGCUGGGGAUUCGACACCCAUAUGCACAGUAAUUUACAUUGCGAUUCAAAAUAUUUGAACUUGUUGCACCACCACCACCAUCUUGAAUCGGAUCCCAAGCAGAACAACCACGGUGCAGAACACGCGGAGGAUGAACACGGCAAUGCGCCCUUCAACUUUUCUUGGCUGUCCCAUCUGCCUGGUUUUGGGGUGACGGAUCUCUUGGCGACUCACGUUCAGGAAGAGACUCAUAGGCGUGUGAGUCAUAUUUCUACUCACACCCACGAAAGGAACGGAUCACUAAUUCCCAACGAAAAGGAGGAGGCGUCGUCUACAAUAUACGGUCACGUAAAGGCUCGUCUGGCAAAGACCAUCGCUCUCUUGCACAGAGAAACCGCACCCCCCACAGGGCAUCUCUGCUUGGUUUUUACCGAUAUUCGAAAUUCCACGGAAUUAUGGGAGAAAAACCCGGCCAUGCGGACCGCUAUACAUGUGCACAACGAUCUGCUACUUCGUCAUCUCAUACAUUGCGGUGGUUAUCUCGUCAAGACGGAAGGCGACGCAUUUAUGUGCACCUUUCCAACCACUCUCGCCGCGGUCUGGUGGUGCCUGUCAGCCCAAAUAGUGCUUCUUCAUGCAUCCUGGCCUUCCGAAAUACUGGAGUGCGAUGAAGGCAAAGAGGUAUACGACGCACACGGAACACUCCUCGCACGUGGCCUUUCGGUCCGCAUGGGCAUUCACUCAGGAUCCCCAUUAUGUGAAACGGAUCCUAUCACUGGUCGCAUGGACUAUCUAGGGCCUGUGGUCAAUCGAGCAGCCCGUAUCUGUGGGAGUGCGGCGGGCGGCCAGAUUAUGUGCAGCGCCAACGUGGUUCGCGAAAUCCAGCCGUGCCUGUUCGAGGCUGGUCUGCACUCGGAGUUUCAGCCCGUGCAGGCUACCGAAGCAGUCCGGCAGAUGGUCCUCGUCCCCGCUGGCGAACUUAAAUUGAAGGGUUUGGAGAUUCCGGAGUUGGCUUCUCUUGCCUAUCCAGCAAUCCUCCAAGGGCGCCAAGACUUGGUCCCAAAGUCACCAGCUGAUCUUGACACUAAUGGCACCGCCAUAGAGUCUGCCAACGACGAUACCUCAUCCGAUGACGUGUUUGUGGAGCUAUGAGCAUCGAUCUAUAUUCUCUGCUUUGUGCGUCCGUAGUCUAUACCUGUCCAUUCCUAUAGCACUUUGACAAUUAUGUUUGCCUGCUUCCGUCACGAACGUUCAAACGGUAUCGUUAAACGCCUGUCACUUCUCUUGCCCA